UUGAUGAAGGAAGAGACUUCAGUGGUCCAGGUGUUGUAGUCUCUGAUGAGGUCUUGUUUGCACAGCGUGUUCCCUUCAGAGGAGAGCUGCUGAACGGACUGAGCGCUGGACGCAGCAUCACCGUCAAAGGACAAACCAAUCAGAACGCAGAGAGUUUCUCUGUGAACCUGCGAGUGUCCGGCAGCAGCGACAUCGCUCUUCAUCUGAACCCUCGUCUGAACAAAGGGGUCUUCGUCAGGAACUCCUUCCUGUCUGAGUGCUGGGGCCCCGAGGAGAGGAGGCUGGGCUCCUCCUUCCCCUUCAGCGGGGGCCGAUACUUUGAGAUGAUCAUCCUUUGUGAGUCUCAGCAGUUCAGAGUCGCUGUCAACGGGCUCCACCUGGUGGACUACAAACACCGGGUCCAGGACCUGAGCCGGGUCUCCCAGCUGGAGGUACUGGGAGGCGUCACGCUGCUGGACGUCAAGAUCCUCUAACGGACUCUCCGCAGCCUCGCUCACUUAAUGCAGGUUGUAAAAUGUAUAUAUGUAUGAUGUCAUCAUUUAUAAGCUGGAGCAGCGUCAGUGAUCGAUGUACAGGCUGUAACGAUAUGAAGUAAAACAACACAGUUACCUUCCAGAAGUACAUCAAACUAUUAACUAAUGUACCGUUUAUGACCAGAUCAAACUAACACGUGAAGCUUCUGUAGACCAGCAGAACGUCUUCAAACAAACAUUAAUAAAGCAUCUUAUUAUGAAUGAAAGGGUUUCAUACACGUACAUCUGUCUGAGGUUGUGUACUAAUGUGUACUAACUAGUGAUGGCGAGAUGAAGCUUCAUGAAGCAUUGAAGCUUUCCAUCCAAUUGGUUCACACAUGGGUCGAAGCUUCAUGGUGCUGAGCUUAUGAGAGAUCGGCUCAAAAUGGUCCCAGACAUGGGAAAAUCUCUUUCUUGCUGGUUCAAUCGCAGAAAAAAGAAGCUUGAGUAGUUUGUAAACAAACGUGCAAUAAAGUCCCAAGUACACAAAAUGUGACCGGGGAUCCAUUGACUUUCGCUGCCCCUUUUAUUUCGAAUCGCACGCCAAACCCGUGAACCAUUUCCUGAAUCAGUCACGUAUUACGGCUGGUUCGCGAGGUUUCGAACGUCACCACAUAGGUCAUCGGCACAAGCCUCGAUACGCGCUUCAUAAAAAUCUUCCCGGAUCACUCGACACAAGCUUCGAAGCCUCGACACGAAAGGUCACAUCACUAGUACCAACCUUACGUCAUUCUGUAUAAUUCAUUUAGGAAUUCCCGCUGACACUUUCAUGACGUACGAGACUAUGAAUUCUUCACAGACGUAACGCUUCUCAAUAAAUGUCUUCCGACACAUAAUGGAACCUCAUGAAAUACGAUGCUGACAUUUGAGGUCAUACGAUACGUUAAAGAAAAGACAGUAUACUAUGCCAGUUAUGGAUUAAUAUAAAUACCAGCCAUGACGUCUUUGUACACUGAUCUGACGUCUAAACCAAACAUUGGUCGAGAUGAUAGUUAAACUGCUUCAUUUAAAAAGUAUUAAAGUGAGUUGAGUUCAUGUUUCAUAUAUUUUCAUUUGCUAAACUUUAAACAGAAAUAGAUUAAAGGGUAAACUGAAAAGAUUCUGUUUUAAUGAAUUAUAUAAUUAUCUUAAACUUGUGAUAACAAAACAAGCUGCAGCCAGAUUUAUAUAACUUUUAUUACUAAAAAACAAAACGUAACUGUACAUAUUUGACAACAUACUUUAACUCACCAAUUAAACUAAAAGUAAUAAAUACAUUUAUCAAAGUUAUUUACAAAAACACAAGAUGGCCGCCAUGUGGAAUGUCUCUGCAGAGGUUUGAUUUCAUUAAGAUGACGCUUCAUAAAAAUAUUUAUCUGAUAUUUCUGUAAGAGCCAAUCCCAGCAUGCACUGGGGGAGAGAGGUAGAGUCCGUCAGAGGGUUUGAGUCUCAGUGUUUCCUCAGAAGUCUGCGUCCAGCCUGAAGGUGCUGU